GAUAUGUGAAUGCACGACUAGAGAAGGAAACACCAAUAUUUAACAAGCAAAGGAUUGAUUUUGCUCCUCCAGAGAAAAUUAACAGCUUAGUGGUCUCCUCUAACCAGCUCUGUAUGAGUCUUGGCAAAGACACCCUUCUCAGGAUUGACCUUGGGAAGCCAGAUGAACCUAAUCAGGUAGAGCUGGGACGCAAAGAUGAAGCCAAAGUCUACAAGAUGUUUUUGGACCACACAGGCUCUCAUCUCCUGAUUGCUCUGAACACCAGUGAAUGCCUUUACCUGAACAGAAGUGUUCAGAAAGUGCGAGCACUCUCCCGCUGGAAAGGCCACUUGAUUGAAAGUGUGGGCUGGAACAAAUUUCUUGGUUCAGAGACCAACACUGGACCUAUCUUGGUGGGGACAGCCCAGGGGCAGAUAUAUGAGGCUGAAAUUUCUGUCAGUGAGGGAAGCCUCUUCAGCACUAAUCCUGACCAGUACUUCCGACAGGUCUACACUCUGGAGGAGGAAUCAGGACCUGCCCCAGUCUGCUGCUUGGAGAUUGAACGAGGGUUAGAAGGGAAAUUUUUUAUUAUAGCCACCACUCGAAAGAGGCUCUUCCAGUUUGUUGGCAAAGUGCCUGAAGGGACAGAGCAGCAAGGCUUCAGCUCCAUAUUUGCUAUGCAUGCUGACCAUUUACCCAGCUUCCGGGAGUUUCCGGCCAGCUUUGGUUUCAGUGAGAUAGCCUUUUACACGCCAAAACUGCGCUCCAACCCACGCUCCUUUGCCUGGAUGAUGGGAAAUGGUGUUUUAUAUGGUACGUUGGAUUACAGCCGUCCUGAUUCAAUUUUGAGUGAUGAACGGGUCUGGGUUUAUCCUUCUGAUAUUGACAUAACUGUGAACAAGCCAAUAUCCAUUGUACUUACCCAGUUCCACUUCCUGUUGCUGCUGCCUGAUCGAGUGAAGGCUGUAUGCACUCUGAAUGGGCAGGUCGUUUUUCAGGAUCUGUUCCUGGAGAAGUUUGGCUUACUGACACGCAUGAUCAAAGAUCCCACAGUCCAGCAGAUAUGGAUCCACACUGAGAAAGUAGUGUUCCGCUACCACGUCCAGCGGGAAUCUAGAGAUGUAUGGAAGAUGUAUAUGAAUAUGAACAAAUUUGAUUUAGCCAAAGAAUAUUGUAAAGACCGUCCAGAGUGCCUAGAUAUUGUGCUGGCAAAAGAGGCAGAGCACUGCUUCCAAAACAAGAGGUAUCUAGACAGUGCCAAAUGUUAUGCGCUGACCCAGAACUACUUUGAGGAAAUUGCCCUUAAGUUCAUUGAAGCCAAGCAAGAAGAGGCCCUGAUGGAGUUUCUGAUUAAGAAGCUAAGUAACCUAAAACCUUCUGAGAAGACACAGACUACUCUGCUGACCACGUGGUUAACGGAGCUGUACCUGAACUGGCUAGGCAUAUUGGAAGGGGAUCCCUCACAGCGAAAUCUCUAUUUGGAUACACGGGAGAAGUUUCGUACUUUCCUGAGCAGUCCUAAAAACAAAGACUGUCUAUUUAAUAACCGGGCAUCUAUUUAUGAGCUAUUGGCAAGCCAUGGGGACACAGAGCACAUGGUCUACUUUGCAGUCAUCAUGCAGGACUACGAGCGCGUAGUAGCUCACCACUGCCAGCAUGAUGAGUAUGAUGAAGCUCUAAAUGUGCUCUCCAGGCACAGAGACGAGAAGCUGUUCUACAAGUUCUCUCCAGUUCUCAUCCAGCAUAUUCCCAAGAAGGUAGUUGAUGCUUGGAUUUCUAUGGGCUCUAGACUGGAUGCCAGGAACCUCAUUCCAGCCCUUGUUAACUAUAGCCAAAGUGCCAGCACCCAGCAGAUCAAUGAAGCCAUUAGAUACAUGGAGUUCUGUGUCUAUCAGUUGGAAGAAACACAGCAAGCCAUUCACAACUACCUGUUGUCUCUUUAUGCUUUGUGUCGGCCAGACUCGCUGCUAUCUUACCUGGAGCAAGCAGGAACCAAUCCAAACAGGAUCCACUAUGACCUGAAGUAUGCAUUGCGCCUGUGUGCAGAGCAUGGGCACCACCAUGCAUGUGUCCAUAUUUACAAAGUGAUGGAAUUAUAUGAGGAGGCUGUGGAUCUUGCCUUACAGGUGGAUGUUGAUCUCGCCAAGUCCUGUGCAGAUCUCCCCGAAGAUGAUGAGGAACUCCGGAAGAAGCUGUGGUUGAAGAUUGCUCGUCAUGUUGUUCAGGAAGAGAAGGAUGUGAAGAAGGCAAUGGCCUGCCUCUCCAGCUGCGCCCUGCUGAAGAUUGAAGAUGUCCUCCCAUUCUUUCCAGACUUUGUCACUAUUGAUCAUUUCAAGGAGGCAAUCUGUAACUCCCUGGAGGACUACAACAAACACAUUGAGGAGCUGAAAAGGGAGAUGGAGGAAGCCACACAGAGUGCCAAGAGAAUCCGAGAGGACAUCCAGGAAAUGAGAAAUAAGUAUGGCUCUGUGGAGCCUCAGGAAAAAUGUGCUGCUUGUGACUUUCCACUUCUAAAUCGUCCUUUUUACCUUUUCCUGUGUGGUCACAUGUUCCACUAUGACUGUCUCCUCCAAGCCGUUUUCCCAAACCUUCCUGCCUAUAAGCAGGCAAAACUUGAAGAUCUUCAGAAGAAGCUGGCAGCUACCAGUCAGCCUUCCAAGAGCCACCAUCGUCCCAAGGAUGCAGAUACCAUUAGCUUGGGGAAGGGGCAGCAGAGCCGGGAACAGAUCAAAGCUGACAUUGAUGAUAUUGUGGCAGCUGAAUGUGUGUACUGUGGUGAGCUGAUGAUCCGGUCCAUUGACAAGCCUUUUAUUGAUCCCCAAAAGUAUGAAGAGGAGAUGCAAAGCUGGCUGUAGUUUUACAGAUCUGCAACUGUCAAUGCACCAGAGUAGUUUUGGUCACAACUUGUGAAGUUUCUGUGGUGGGAAUAUAACCUCCAGAAGCAGAAACAUGGUGGCUUCUGUGGAACUCUAAGGAAAGAGUAGUGGGGUCUUGUGAUCAGGAUUACAGUGAACUAGUCUUGAAAAGUGGGGAGAUACAGCUAUGGCAGUCUAAGAACUUGAACAGUAGUUAAAGCUAACCUAUGGGAAUAUAUUUUGCAGAUGUUUGCUGCUUCAAUUUCUUCUGUGCUUCUCAGUGUGAAGCUAAUGGAGUGCCUUGUUGUGCAGAAGGAAUUGGGAACAGCCUAUGAUUUGCCUUCCCUGUUGUGUGGUAUUUG